CCGCAUUUUGAAAUGAAUGGCGUAAUUUCCUGUACGAGACGACCGCACGUGGGGUCCGAAUUCACCUCAAACUUGUACCAAAUGGCCAGGGUUGAUGCUGGGGUAGCCCAAGAUGGCCUUGAAAGCGUUCUCCGGAAAUGACGCUCUGGCCUUCUGCAUGGCGUUGACAACCCGGCCCCGCCCCUUCCUCCUCGUCUGCGCACUGACGUGGGCGAUGGUGGUUGCCGAGCCGGCCGGAUGCAAGAUCCGCAUCACGGACAAAGGCCUGGACAUCCUCAAGUGGGAGACGCAGAAGUUUGUGGCGGAGGAGCUGAGCAACAUCAGCAUGCCCGAGAUGAGUGGCAAGGAGGGAAACUUCCAGUACACCGUCAGCGAUGUGAAGAUCACAGCUCUCAACCUGACUUACGCCGACUUGAGCUUCUCGCCCGAGGCGGGCGUGAUGUUCGACGUCCAGAACUCGUCCAUCGCGCUCAGUUUCCACCGACAGCUCCUCUACUGGUUCUUUUACGACACAGGAAAGAUCGAGGCGUCGGCCGAGGGCGUCCGCAUUAACGCAGCACUCGGCUUGGGCCGAGACACACGCGGACGCCUCAAGAUCAACAACGUCACCUGUGAAGCCAAAAUCCAGAGGAUGAGGGCAAGGUUUGGCGGGACGCUCGGGAGAGUCUACAACUUCCUGGGCAAGUUCCUCACCACCGGCAUGCGCUUACUCCUCAACAAGCAGAUCUGUCCGGCCUUGCAGCAGGCGUCUCUGCUGCAUGUCAACUCCAUGCUGGAGAGCAUUCCUGUGAGAGCGGAGGUGGACAGCUACAUCGGGAUCGACUACGCACUGACAGACGACCCGUUGGUGACGUCUCGGAGCCUGGAUAUGAACUUCCGAGGGAUGUUCUUCCACCUGCGGGACGACGAGCAUGACGCACUGGGCAACUACGCAGUGGAGCCCACGAUCCUAGAGUACGACAGGAUGGUCUACUUGGCCCUAUCGGAGUUCUUCUUUGACAGCGGGCUGUUCUCCUACUACAAGGCGGGAAUUUUCCAGAUGAACAUCACCAACGACAACAUGCCCAAAGAUUUGGAGAUGCUGCUGAGGACAACCUACUUUGGAACCAUCAUGAUGCUGAAUCCGGCGUUGAUGGACUCGCCCGUGUCUUUGGAAAUGGCUGUCAAUGCACCGCCAAAGUCCACCAUCAAGACGUCCGGCGCCACCGUCGCCAUGACGGCUGUGGUCAAGGUGAUGAUGAUGCCUGCCGGCCAGCCGCCCAUGCAGCUCAGCAGUAUGACCAUGGAAAGCAAAUUUAACGCCAACGUUUUUAUUCGAGGAAAACGCUUGGCGGUACAAGUAGACCUGCGCAGGUUCAAAAUCUACUCCAACCAGUCAGCGUUGGAAUCUCUGGCACUGAUUCCACUGCAGGCUCCUCUGAAGACCAUGUUGCAGAUGUCCGUGGUACCUCUUAUCAACAACUGGAUCAAGCGAGGUGUUCGUAUUCCUCUGGCAGAUGGGAUGGACCUCAUCGAGGAAGUGGUGGAGUACCACAAUGGUUUCAUCGUGAUUGGAGCAAACCUCCACUUCAACAAAAGCCUGAGGGAGAUGGUGGCCAUCCCUGUUGCUGCCAAAUGAAUACGCACCGUGCGUGCGUCCAUCGGCCUUUGUGUUCACACACGCACACACACGUUAAGAGGAAUGUAAAUAUGAAAAUAAGUACACGCAUGUAUACUGUUGUGUAAUUUUC